AUGUUCAUGCAGGCUCCACUCCACUUCACUACCGCUACACUACUCUCCACCUACCGAACAUCAAGGCGGUUGUUCGGAUACUCCGAGUGGCAAAGGUGGGGAAAAAAAGGCCAAGUACAGUCAUUGUGUGGCUUGCAUUACCCUCUACGGACACGAUGUUUUGAAUUAGAAAGCCUCAUCAGGAGAUCCUCAAGCAAGGAUCUGCACAGCAUAUAUACCUUGUUCCUAGACCUUGUGUUUGGACUGAAUGGCCAUCCAGGCUGGGGGCUUCACACCCUGAACUGUCAGUACUCCAAAGAUGAUUUCAAGGUCCUCCAGGAUUUCAUGUCUCCCAAUGGACCGGUCUUCCUCAUGGUCUACAAGCUACAGGGUGACCACUACCUGAGAUACGAGUUUCCUGUGGAGAAAUUACCGGCCCCCACAAGAGCAUCAUUGGCUGAUGGUAUAGUACCUCCUUUCUACCAAGGAAAGCUGGCAUACCAGUCUCAUGGAAGGACGCCCUCUGUUGUUAUGCUUAAUGCAUUUGAGUACUUCAUGUACGUCUUUGCGUAUUAUCUUGUCAGCGAAAAGGUGCAUAAGACCAUGAAUAAUUGGAGCCAGCCUCAGGAUUACUUCUACCCGGUGUUGUUAGACCAGUACCUGUGCUACUUCCUCCGUAGUGAUGGGCGCGCUGUGCCCCCAAUACCCGUCACAAGCAGUGCCCCUAAUCCUGCGGCCAACCGAAUGUCUCCUUAUAGACUACCUCAGUAUGGAGUUCUCUAUCAUUACUUACAUUCCAGCCCAUAUGGUGGUGGAGAUGGAGGGCACCCCAAUCAGCGCAGCCCCACCCAGCACCAUGAUACCACCCUAGGCUUGCAUCAUCAGGGUCUAAGCCCCGCUGGAGGGUUGGGUAGAGGGAUGGGUGCGGCAGCGGGAAUCAGCUUCCAGCAGCCCAUCCAAGAUGAUCCGCAGGUGGAGACCUGGCGCUCCGAAGUCCUGGUCCAGGCUCUGACCGAGUUCUGGCUGAAUCAGAACUCCCUACAGUUGGCUGAGGAUAAGAGCUUCCUGGCUCAAGUCAGGGAAAAUUUCAUCCCAAGCCCUGAUCAUGUGCGCAUGGUACGCAUCCUGGUGAAGAGGCUGCACUUUUUUGUAAACAGUGCACGUCCCAUGAUGCACCAAUCAGCUUACCAGCAGGGAGGAGAGUCGGCUAUGGAGGAGCUGAAGAGGUACAUUAUGACAGUCUUUGUACAGAAGCCGCUUUAUGUGUUUCUAAGACAUGGCUUUGAUAAUUGGCCUCUUGACUCAUCAUUCAGACAGAUCUUGGAGCUUUGGUUGAGUUACAUCCAGCCAUGGAGGUACGUUGAAGAGACAAACAGGACAGGUUUCUUUCAGAGGGACAUCAACUCGCCCCUGAGGUCACACCUAGGUUCAUCCAUAGGCCAGGGCAUGGCCCAGCAGAGAGAACCCAUCAGUACAAGAUCAUUCCCUGCUGACGACGAAAGAUGGCCAAGGUUUGUUCAGGAGAAUCUACCAUUCUACACCGUGCUCUUUCAAGAACUGUUGCCUCGGAUCUUCCAUCAAGACUUGAGUAUUCCCAACAAUGCCCUGAUGGUUUACAGGAUGGCAAAGGUCUUUGGACAGCCACACCUCAGUAGUGUCAUGAAGAAUGCUGAAGAGAAUCUCAUUGACCUUCUAAGCCACCCAUCGCAACCGUACACCUCAGGAGGAGGAGGGGGUCUAGGUACCAACCCUAGUUUCAUGUCUUUAUCCUCCUCCAUACCAUCAUCUACCCACCUACCACCCACCCUCCUGGCUAUGGGGACCAGACUAUACACCCAUCUGCUAGAGAAAGAGGCACCUGGGUUCAUGUACAGACCGCUCUUUGAUUCAAGCGGCAAGGCAAUGAUUGAGCAACUGCUUGGUUUUAUCGCUCAAGCCCAGACUACAGUUAAGACCAUGGCAGGACCUAGCCUAGGAGAUAUCACUCAGACUAUCAAAUCAUUCUUCACCAGCAGCCUUAGACAUGCUAAUCAUAGCGCCCUCUUUGACGACAUUGGUCCGGUUGACACCCGCAAAGCCGAGGCGUACCUCCAGAGCUCAGGAGAAUUCCUGUCAGAUAUAUUUGAUGUGCCUUUACCUCAUCCUGAUGACACCAUGGCAUGGAACGUCGUCAGUCAGAUCGGUCGUGAUCAACACCUACCACCUGAUAUGAUGGACGGACAGCUCACUCCACUGGGAAGAUUCCAGCUUAUUAACAGACUUAGAAGUUCUGAUGUCAAUUUCCAAGGGGACCCUGACCUUCAACCAAUCAGGAGCUACGAGAAUGCUGCCCUCGUGCGGAUGUUGCAUGCACUCUCUUGUCAGUUCAAUGAUGCCUUUGGGGACAAGCUCUUGGAGAUCUGUUCCCAAGGUGGCUUGCUUGGAGCCAUGGCCCGUUGGUACUUCAACCCUAGAGGAAACCCUCAUUGCCAUCCAAAUGACCCUUCCGGAAGAGUGCCAUCGUGGUACCGUCCAAGACUGAGUCUGCGCUUCCUGGCCAAUUAUCGAACCUUGACGUAUCUUGCCAUUCUGUAUCUCCUUCUUGUCUAUUUCUGUGACAUCAUGCCGACAGGCUUCGUGGCAUUCCUACUGGCAGCAGCCCUCUUUGUUGGUUUCCUGGGCUCGUUGUUUACUUACCUUCGAGGAGAUGAGAGAGAAGAGGUUUAUCUUCAGCAUUAUCAUCAUCAACAUGGUGACUGAUGCUGUCAAAGCACAUGGAGAACUCUUUUAUUUUCAUGCAACCCAUAGAAUUUGCUCUUUAUUUAUAUAUUCAUCGAUGAAAAACUUAAGCUCUUCUGCUGUCACACUAGUGCAACUUUUGUGCCCCCCCCUCUCUGUAUAUAUCUCACCUUAGGGGGAUAUAUUAAUGCGAUUAUGAAUAGCACUCCAGCCCCAUAAUCAGGGAAUAAUUUUGCUUUACAAAUUUGAAUAGCAUUUUUGGUCAUUCGAGAAAAGCUCUCAACUAAGUAAUGUACAGUCUUAUGUGAAAAGAUGCUAUAAAGUGCGUCCCAGAAUAAACGAAACCGAGAUUUAGUGAUGAUUUAUCAUAACUUAAUCAUAAAUAAAAUAGACA